UCUGUUGAGAUCCGGACUGCAUGUGCGUACUCAUAUAUCCGUCUGUGUUACUGGGACUCACUUAUCUUCCUCAAGAUCAACAUCAUUUCAGCGCAACUUUGACUUUUAACAGCAGGACAUCAAUAAGCCAUGGCUGUUACCGGCUGCUCCCAGUGCAUUAAAUACAUGCUCUUCUUCUUAAACUUCAUUUUUUGGUUGGCUGGUGGUGUGAUUCUGGGUGUAGCGCUGUGGCUUCGCCAUGACAGUCAAACCAGCAACCUCCUGAUGCUUCAGUUUGAGGGGAAUCAAGCCCCAGGCACCUUUUAUGUCAGUGUGUAUGUUCUCAUAGCGAUUGGGGCUGUAAUGAUGUUUGUGGGGUUCCUCGGUUGUUAUGGUGCCAUUCAAGAAUCUCAGUGCCUAUUAGGAACAUUCUUUACAUGUUUAGCGAUCCUGUUUGCCUGUGAGGUGGCUGCAGGAAUAUGGGGCUUUAUUAACAGGGAUACGAUCUCCACUGAGCUCAUUAACUUCUAUGAUGCUGCAUACAUUAAAGCUGUGGAUCCGGUUGCCACACCAUCCAGACCGGCUGCCUCCAAGGUUCUGGAGGUCUUCCAUGAAACACUUGAGUGCUGUGGUAAAGGGGAUGAUAAUGAACUUUUCAAAGCUGUUCAGGCCUCUCUGUGUCCCAAGAUGACCAACCCAAUUGACCCACUCAUCUCUCAGAGUUGCCACAUAAAGCUAAGGAACCUGUUCACUGAGAAACUCCAUGUGAUUGGCUUGGCUGCCCUAGUGAUCGCUGUCAUUAUGGUUUUUGAGAUGAUCUUCACCAUGGUCCUCUGCUGUGCAAUCCGCAAUACUCCAGCAUACUGAGAGGCUGGAUGAUGACCAGCCUGAUCAAAACCUUUGAUUUUUGCCAGUAUUGGGCAGGAGGACACCAUGUCAUUUCUGUGCUCCCUGUCUUUUCCAGUUCAAGUGUCCAAGCACUGAGCAUUGAUCUUUGCAUUUUUUGAGAGGACCUCUUAUGUUAAUGCACCAGAAUACACAUCAAGGACUAUCAUAGAUAAACAUUUCAACAAAAUAACAAUCUUUUACAAUGAGGAGGUUUCUACAUAUUUAACAGUAAUGUGAUUGACUUGUAAAGAGUUUUAUUCUGUAUUGUUUUACUGUUUCAUAUUUUUUUUUUAUUUCAGUGUAAUAACAAACACUUUCAUCUUGUAUUGUCUAUUUUCUAUAUAUGCUUCUUAGUAUUGCAAUAACUUAAAGGGUUAGUUCACCCAAAAAUGAAAAUGCUCUCAUCAUAACACCCUCAUGCCAUCCAAGACGUAUAUGACUUUCUUUCAUCUGCUGAACACAAACGAAGAAUAUCUCAGAUCGGUACUCCAGAUGACUCUGGUGGUUAAAUCCAUAUCGUCAUACGCUAUAUGUGGGUGAGAAACAGUUCAAUAUUUGAGUCUUUUUAUAUAUAUAUACAUAUCACCCCUUAAUGGGCAGGGAGGAGAAUUUAUGAUAAAAAAAUGACUUAAAAAUGUAUCUGUUUCUCACCCACACCUAUCAUAUCGUGUCUGAAGAUAUGGAUGUCAUAUGGAUUACUUUUAUACUCCCUUUAUGUGGAUUUUGGAGCUUCAAAAUGUUGGCACCCAUUUACUUACUUUGUGAGGACCUACAGAGCUGAGAUAUUUGUAAAAAAUAUAUUUUUUGUGUGUGUUCUGCAGAAUAAAUAAAGUCAUACACAUCUGGGAUGCCAGGAGGGUGAGUAAAUCAUGAGAGAAUUUUCAUUUUUGGGUGAACUAUCCCUUUAAGAACACUAAAACAACUGUACUACAAAAUGAACAAAAUGUCAUGAGUGUGAGUCUUUGAGUGUGUAUAUUUGUGCAUUUGCAUGUCUAAAUCAUUGGAAAGAUUUUAAAUAGGUAAUUGUUUUAUGAAUAUGUUAUGAGGCAAAGAAAAUGCUUUCUGGGACAGCUUUCUGAGUGCAUAUCACACCCUGGGUCUUAUCUGAUCACACAUUGCAUUGGAUAUAAUCUCAUCAAGAUUUUCUACCACAUUAUAUUAAUACAACCCACAUGAAACUGAUCAAACAUUGUAUUACCCAAUGAGCCCAAUCCAUUUCUUGACAUUCAAUUUAUUUCAAAUAAAAGUUGUAAAGAAUU